GUCGAGGGGGGCGGGGGUGGAACCAUGUGCAGAUCGCCCUAAGAGAAACAGCGGGCCUCUCUAACCUUCAAUUGUUACAUCAGAAGGCCGUCUGCGGUUGUGUCCGGGGGUGGAAUAACACAUAAUUUUCCAAAAUGAUCCGGCACAUACCUUCUGUCAUGAAACCAUGGGUGGUUGCUGAUAGAUUUCCAACACACAAUCGUUGGAUUUACCCGUCAAUUUCUUCAUUUUCUCGUCUCCCCACCUCCAAUUAUGAAGUUACGCGUCCCUAUUCCAAUCAAGGCGGAAGGCCAAGUCUGUGGGGCAGAUUCAUGGAAAACAUUAAACAAGAAAUGACAAAAAAUAAAGAGAUGAAAGAAAGCUUAAAAAAAUUCAGAGAAGAGAGACAAAAGCUCGAACAGUCUGAAGCUUUACGCAAAGCAAGACAAAAGUUUGAAUCAGUUGAGUCUGAAGCCAGCAAAAGUUCUGAGGUUUUAAAGGGAAAGCUUGGUGCUUUCAAAGGCAAGGUUCAAGAAGCAAUGGGUGAAGUUGGAAAAACUGAAUUUGCCAAAAAAGCUGGUCAAAUAACUGAGGAUAUAGGAAAGAGCGCCAAAGAGGCUGCAGAAAAAAUAUCAGAACAAGGUCAAACCCUUGGCAAAAGUGGGGCAUUUAAAACUGUGUCUGAGGCUGCUCAGGUAGUAAAAGAGGAAUUGGAUACACGUGGUCGAGUCUAUCAAGCACCAGGCAAAUUACGUAAACGCCGUGAAGGCGCAGAUGAUGAAGAGUUUAAACCAGUAGAACCGAAUACAGAGGCUCUUGGCAUGGAACUUCAUAAGGAUUCUAAGUUUUAUCAAAGCUGGCAGAACUUUAAAGAUAAUAAUCAGUACAUAAAUAAAGUAUUGGAUUGGAAAAUGAAAUAUGAUGAAAGCGACAAUCCAUUAGUUAGAGCUUCAAGAGCAGUAACAGAAAGGGUUACUGACAUGAUGGGUGGUCUCUUCCAAAAGACUGAGCUCUCAGAAACACUCACAGAAAUCUGCAAAGUAGAUCCUAAUUUUGACAGACUUCAAUUUUUACGUCAUUGUGAGACUGAUAUUAUUCCUAAUGUGUUAGAAGCAAUGGUACGCGGUGACCUUGAAAUUUUAAAGGAUUGGUGCCAUGAGGGGCCUUACAAUAUACUUUCAACUCCCAUUAAACAAGCGCAGAAAAUGGGUGCACGAUUUGAUUCUAAAAUCCUUGAUAUUAAAGAUGUAGAUCUAUCAAUGGGCAAAAUGAUGGACCAAGGGCCAGUUCUUGUCAUUAGUUUCCAAUCACAGCAAAUUAUGUGUCUUAGAGACUCAAAAGGAGCUGUUUUAGAGGGUGAUCCAGAAAAGGUUCUUAGAGUACACUAUGUGUGGGUUUUGUGUAGGGAUAUGACAGAAUUGGAUCCAAGGGCUGCUUGGAGACUUCUUGACUUAUCAGCAAAUAGCCAAGAACAAUUAUUAUGAAUAUGAAUAAAAAAUAUUGUUUUGUAUUAGGAGUUGUAUGCAAUUUGGGCUGUUAAGGUCUUUUUUGUUUCUCAUUGCUAUAAGCAUAGGAUAUAAAUUUGCACUUCUAACCACAAAUGUUUGCUGAUUUAUUUUUUUAUUUGUGUUUUUCCUAAGAAACAAUAGUGGUAGAAUGUG